AAAUUUUAAACUCUUCAGAUGAGAUGCAAAUGGUGAAAUUUGAUUUCAUCUAUAAGGCUUAGGUGGAACUAUCUUGGAGUGAUUCAUAGCAAGAUAUAUGAUAAGUGUGAAAUUAUAUCCUAGCCAACAAUGAGAUAAAAUGAUCAAACGAAGUUUGUAAUUGCAGUCAGUGAGAACAAACAGCUUUUUCAUACAUGAGUUAGGUAUACGGAACCCGACAGUUAAUGAAAUAAGUUACUCUCAAAAUGACGCCCGAUGCAGCGUCACCAUCCUCUUCGAGCUCCUAAUUUCCGAAACUACAUAACGUGUUCGGUGAAUGGGAAAACAGUCCUUGGAACCGUUUUAACAUUCAAACGAUCCCGAUUUUCCGCGAAAUGUCCCAAACCGGCGUUUGCGACGUAUGCGACAAACCGGCGAGUCAGAGAUGCGGAGGCUGCCACAGGAUAUUUUACUGCUGCAAGGACCACCAGAAGGCUGGCUGGAAGAAUCACAAGUUGUGUUGCAGACCGUGUGAGGUUGCUGAAGACGAAUCUUUAGGUCGCCACCUGAUCUCAACGAAACCGAUAAAAAAUGGUGAAAUCAUAUUCAGGGAACGUGCCAUGAUACAUGGACCAGCUCAAAUAACCAUUCCAGUCUGCUUGGGUUGCGGCAAAUCCAUAAACGAAAAGAAUAACCAUCCUUGCCCUGAUUGUGGAUGGCCAAUGUGCAGUGAGAUAUGCCAGAAGAACCCAAGCCAUAUUCCAGAAUGCCGAUAUACGGUUCAGCGUGGAGACAAGGUAAUAAUAAAAAAUUUCGGAGUUAUUCACCCAAUCUACCAAUGCGUGACAGUGUUGCGAUGCCUCUACCAGAAGCAAUUCCUACCGGAAGUUUGGGAAAAACUAGAAAAACUCCAGUCGCAUUGCGAGGAAAGAAAGAAUACCCCAAAGUACAAGAACGAGAGAAUCCAAGUUGCACAAUUCAUCAGGAAAUUUUUCAAACUUGAUCAAGUGUUCUUAGAGGACGACAUAUUGCGUGUUUGUGGUAUCGUGAUGGUGAACUGCCAUGAAGUACCACUUGGUGAUCCGCCCUACAUAGCCAUUUAUGAAACCUGUUCGAUGUUAGAGCACAGCUGCAAGCCAAACUGCAGCAAGAGCUUCGCCAAGGAUGGUAGCCUAGUUCUGAUCGCUUCAGGAAAUAUAGACCGAGGUGACCAUCUAAGCAUUUGCUACACUGAUCCAUUGUGGGGUACACCGAAUAGAAGGCAUCAUCUUUACGAGACCAAAUUUUUUUGGUGCAGUUGUGCCCGAUGCUCAGACGUGACCGAGUUUGGAACCUAUUUUUCGGCGAUGAAAUGUCGAAAGAUGAAAUGUGCAGGCUACUUACUCCCCAAAACAUUCCUUGAAAAGACAGACAACACAAAAAACUCAGAUUGGAUAUGCGAUAAAUGUGGCGAAAGUUUAUCCUGUUUCUCCGUCCAGGACGUUCUGGAGAGGAUCGGGAAUGACAUGAUGGAAUUACCGAAAGGGGAAACAGAAGCCUUGAAAAAAUUCAUAGAUGCGAACAGUUUUUUCCUACAUCCAAAUCACUACUUUCUGACGGAGAUUCGACUCGCCCUCAUUCAAGUUAUUGGUCAGGGUGAGAACGAAUUGGUCGACGUUGCUCAUGAAGAUCUGGAACUCAAAGCUAAGACAGCUGCUCAGUUACUAGGCUUGUUCGGUGUACUUACCCCAGCUGAGAGGAGAUUGCGGGGUAUGGUAUUCUUUGAAUUGCACGCUGCAGUGUCCGAGAUGGGUAGGAGAUCUAUUGAACCUGAUGUGAUGCAUUCGAGGCUUAUGGAGGCUAAGCAAUAUUUGGUCGAGUGUAUCGAGCUACUGAAGAACGAGCCUAGUUGUUUACCAGAAGGAAAAAUUCUCGAACAGGCAAAAGAGAAUUUGAGGAGUAUCGAUGUCAUUCUUCGAAAAAUUCACGAGAGUGCUAGUAAUCCGAUGUGAAAAUUCCCGAAUAUGUAUAUUUUGUAUCGAGACAAUAAAUAAAUAGCUUUAGAAUGAAA